AUGGGUCUGCUCAUCGGGAUCCUGAUUUUCCUCCUCCUAACAUGGAUGUCGCGCCGCAGAGAUUCGGUCAGGAUCAGCAGACGUCAAAACCAGCAGUCCGAUUCUAAAAGCUCUCGUAAUCAGCACUGCCAGCUCAGCCACUACAAAAGUCACGGCGAAGGUGUGAGUAGAGCCGUUUUAAACCUCCACAGACAGACGUCCGUAGACCCUAACGAACUGCUGGGUCGAAGCCCCAGUUUCCAAAACUCCACUUUUCGGCCACCACUGAAAAAGACUAAUAAGACAAGUGAUGAAGUAGAUGAUGAUAACGAAGCUGCAUUCAUUCCUAACAUCUCAGAUCCCUUUAGUACCAUCCCAGCAGAGUCCUUUUGGCUGGGAAAGGGCAGUCUAAGAGGAUUUCUACCCAGACAGACUCCACCACCUGCAUAUGACAGCAUCAUUCACAUCUUUCAAGGGUCGCAUAUACCUAAGUGCACUGUGACUGAUUGCAUACACUGA